UCACAAUCAAAUACUAUUCGAUUAAAUACAAUAUUAUCACUCUAUUAGGCGACUACAGGCAGAUUUUGGCACUAUGUCAAAAUACCCAUGCUGACACUUGAUCUGUGUGCAUAACAGUUGGGGUUCCUGCUAUAUUUGUCACAAACUGUAUUUGCUUCCUUGGUUAGCCUGUCAAAAACACUGUCAAUGGUCGCCCUGAAUCGACGUUACUGGGGGAGAUAUUGAAUAAUUUAUCACCAAGUCCACCACAGUACCUCCACCACAGUACCUCCACCCUCCUCCUCCCAUCAUGGACCUGUAUGAGGUCUACACAGGAAGCAGGCUGGAUGUCAUCACUGAGGAGGUGCUGAGUGGAGACGACGAGCAUGGGGAGGAGCACCAGGAGGAGGUGAAGGAGGAGGAGGUGAACAGGGAUCUCCCUACCAAAGAGGCCUUCGUAGUGGUGUCAGAGAGAACAGAGACUGGAGAGUUGUCCUCUACCUCCCAGCGUUUCUCCACGGAUACCAACGACUCUCUAAGGUUUGAGGCGUAUGUCCCGUCUUCAGAUGAGGAGGGAAGUCCAUCACCUGACAGCUCUGUGGACAGACACGAUGACGUGUUUGAGGAGCACAAGGAGUCGGAGAACAAGGUGAAUAACAUCAGGACUAAGCUGGAGGAGAAGGUGGUGGAGAUGGAGAACUUUGCAGGACAUCUAGAAGAGAUCUUCCUCACUGUGGAGGAGAAUUUUGGUCGUCAGGAGCAACACCUGGAGCAGCACUGCAACGAUGUUCUACAGACGUUAUCCCAUCGUUACGACGAGCGAGCCGCUGCGCUGGGGGAGGAGAAGAAGAGGAAGUUGGAGGCCUUGUACACUCAGCUGCUUGGCUGCGGACGCACCCUGGACGCAUCCAAGGACCUGAUUGAGACCGCCCAGGAACUGUACCGCACCGAGGACAAACGACUCUUUCUACAGGCUGUUAUGCCCACCAUGAAGAGAAUUGAGGAGUUUGCAAAGGAGAAGCCUGACCUGACGCUGGUGACCCCUCUGGAGUUUGACAUGCCCCUCACUGACCUGUCAGACGUCAAGACCAUGAUGGACUCCAUCAACAUCGUACCAGCCCCAUCUGCCCCGGUCAUCAACCCCCAGGUGUCUAACUCGGCCACGCGGACGUCUCUGCGUGUGUGCUGGAGCCUGUUCUCAGACGACUCUGUGGAAUACUACGAGCUCUACUACAGACCUGUCCUGGAGGACACACCGGCUGCAGACAGCACCAAGGGGCCUGAUGUGUUUAAUGUGAAGGUAAAGGAAACCCACUGUAGUGUAGGAGAGCUGCUACCUAACGUGCAGUAUGAGUUCUGGGUCACAGCUACCAACACUACAGGCAUCAGCCCUGCCAGUGAGAAGGCUGUCUACGUGACAGUCCCCUCUCCACCAGUCAUCAGACAGAGGGAGUGUAGCAGUUGUCCGGAAGCCGCUCUGAUUCGCUGGGAGUCAGGAAACACCAACCCAGUCGACUCCUACACCGUAGAGCUGAGUGAGACAGGCACUGAUGGACAGAGUGGGGUCAAUGAGUCCAUCGUGGCUGUUCCUACCUGUGAGAGUCUGAUCCAGCUGCAGUCAGGAAGACAGUACCUCAUCUACGUCAGAGCUGUCAACAUCGGAGGACCCAGUGACAGGAGCGAGGCUUUUACCGUCUCUACUACAGGUGAGAGGACAGACCCCCAUGUCCUGAUGCUGUAGUAUGUUUAGUUGAUGUUGUUCAGUGUUUUACCGUCUCUACUACAGGUGAGAGGACAGACCCCCAUGUCCUGAUGCUGUAGUAUGUUUAGUUGAUGUUGUUCAGUGUUUUACCGUCUCUACUACAGGUGAGAGGACAGACCCCCAUGUCCUGAUGCUGUAGUAUGUUUAGUUGAUGUUGUUCAGUGUUUUACCGUCUCUACUACAGGUGAGAGGACAGACCCCCAUGUCCUGAUGCUGUAGUAUGUUUAGUUGAUGUUGUUCAGUGUUUUACCGUCUCUACUACAGGUGAGAGGACAGACCCCCAUGUCCUGAUGCUGUAGUAUGUUUAGUUGAUGUUGUUCAGUGUUUUACCGUCUCUACUACAGGUGAGAGGACAGACCCCCAUGUCCUGAUGCUGUAGUAUGUUUAGUUGAUGUUGUUCA